CCGCCCCGGGGAGCCGCGGCUCACCCAGGAGACUCCCCGGAGCGAGACGGGAGGCGCGACCCGCCGCAGCAGAGUUUAUCCCUUGAAACAGCACUCGAAGGGAAUUGCUGACAGCUUGUGGAACGGAGUUAAAGUGAUUGUAGCAAAAUAAAACCUCGACAGCAGCAGCACAAGUAUCAAUCAAUCUAGAAAAAACUUGCAUGGAGCUGUUGAAGAGUAGGAUGUGGCUCUGCAGAGGAGGGCUCUUCCCUUUCAUUUAUACUGAGAUCUGAACUUUAUGCUCAUGAGGAGAAGCGCAAGUGCAGAAUGUGAGUCACUCAGUGUGGUCAAGCAAGUCAGAACCAAGGGCUACCUUAGAAGACAGAAGUGCUCUUCAAAGAAGGAUAGAUCUAUCUUUGCUUUGUCGUCAUCACUGGGAACUGAGAGAGAAGUCAAAGCCAAACUGGAAUAAAAUGCCAGCUAAGGGAAAAUACUUCUUUAAUGAAAAUGAAGACUGCAAGAUAACAGAUCCACUUUAUGAGAAGUAUCGCUACACGAGCCAGCAGCACCCGCUUCUUCUCCUGCUGCUCUUCAUUGCAAUUACUUUCUGUAUUACGCUAAUUAUACUAUUCUUUGUCAUGCAUACGGAAACACGUCCUCAUCUUGCUUUCAUUAUUACAGUAUGUACUGCUCUUGUAAUAUUUGCAGUCAUGUACUUGCUUGUGUGCAUUGAAUCCUUAUUUCGGAGAUGGCUGAAAUUAUUUGGGAUUUUGAUUUGGAUCUGCUUCCUGACCAUAGGAUAUGUGUCAGUUUUUGGAAUGGCAGAUACCCCUUCAUUCUAUGCAUGGGAACAGGUGCCAUUCUUCCUGUUCAUAAUCUUCACAGUUUAUACCAUGUUACCCUUUGGGAUGAGAGAUGCUGUCAUCAUCAGCAUCCUUUCUGCAGUGUCCCAUAUUGUAGCCCUAAGCAUUGCAGUGACAUUAUAUUCUGAACAAGGCCAAGAACUCACUACGUUUCAGUUACUUGCCAAUGCUAUAAUUUUUCUUUGUGGUAACCUGAUGGGUGCAUUUCACAAGCAUCGGAUGCAAGAUGCUUCAUGGGAUUUGUACAGAUACACUUUAAAGUGCAUUCAAGUCCGAAUGAAACUGAAGAUUGAAAAGAGGCAACAAGAAAACUUGCUUUUAUCUAUACUGCCAGCUCAUAUCUCAAUGGGAAUGAAACUAGCCAUCAUAGAGCGACUGAAGGAAACCAAUGACGAUAGGCAAAUGCAUGAUAACAACUUCCAUAGUCUGUAUGUGAAAAGGCAUCAGAAUGUUAGCAUCCUGUAUGCAGACAUUGUAGGAUUCACUCGUCUGGCUAGCGACUGCUCUCCGAAGGAGCUGGUAGUGAUGUUGAAUGAGCUCUUUGGGAAGUUUGAUCAAAUUGCAAAGGAAAAUGAAUGCAUGAGAAUAAAAAUUUUGGGAGACUGUUAUUACUGUGUCUCAGGCCUACCUGUGUCUUUACCGGUUCAUGCCCAGAACUGUGUGAAAAUGGGACUCGACAUGUGUGAAGCUAUAAAACAAGUAAAAGAAGCCACUGGAGUGGACAUCAGUAUGAGAGUUGGUAUCCAUUCUGGGAAUGUGCUUUGUGGCGUGAUUGGACUCCGGAAAUGGCAGUAUGAUGUGUGGUCUCAUGAUGUUUCCUUAGCUAAUCGUAUGGAAUCCUCAGGAAUACCUGGUCGUGUACACAUCACUGAAGCAACGCUAAAUCACCUAGGCAAAGCUUACGAAGUGGAAGAAGGGAAUGGACACCUGAGAGACCCAUACCUUGAAGCAAUGAACAUCAAAACCUACUUGGUGAUUGACCCAAGGUCUAAACAGCGUACUUUGAAUAAUCAUCUCCCUAAAACACGAGUGAACGAUGGGCUGAAGAUGCGAGCCUCUGUCCGUAUGACACGUUAUUUGGAGUCCUGGGGAGCAGCCAGGCCCUUUGCCCACCUGAACCACAGAGAAAGUGUCAGCAGUGAAUCUUCAGUUCCAAGUGGGAGACAAAGAAAGGAGAUACCUUUGAAUUCUACAGGUCGUCAAAAGACUUCAGAUAGUCUGCAUGGAUCUAGACAAGAACAGUUAUGUCCCUCUUCACUUGUAAACUAUAAAAAUACAUCCCAGAAGGGAAGGAUGGAAGAAGAUACUUAUGAUGAAAUGAUGUCGACCAUUGAGGGUCUCAGUUCGACUAAACCAGGGUGUAGUAACUCAGAUGACUUCUGUGGAUGCUCACUGUUUUUUGUAGAAUCGGGAUUGGAAAAAGAGUAUCGCACCAUCCCCAUCCCCAGACUGAGGAGUUACUUUGCCUGUGCCAGUAUUGUGUUGCUCUGUAUAUUUGUGAUACAGAUGUUUGUCAUGCCAAAAACCGCAAAACUAGGACUUUCAUUUGGAAUUGUAGCAGUCAUAAUUGUGCUUAUUUUGUGUGUGUGUUUUGCUGAUAAAUGCCUGAAAUGCUGCUCAGAACAAUGGCCUCCUAUGCGCCACCUUUGUGCUAUUUCGGAUAAGGUAGAAACCAUGCCUCUAGUGAGACUCCCUUUAGCAGUCAUCACUAUAGGUGCGUUGCUGAUUAUUGCCACUUUUAAUUUGCCUGGUGAAAAAAGUAGAUCCACAAACGCUACUGGAUCAAGUGAUGAGGCUGUCACCUGCGUGCCUGUGAAUCAGGGUACUGAAAAAAGUACAGCUGUGGACUAUACUGAAUCCUGUAUUAAGGAUGUCGUCUUGCCUUAUUAUACUUAUUGCUGCAUAUUAGGGUUUAUUGCUUGCUCUGUAUUCCUUCGGAUGAGCUUCGAACUCAAAGUUCUCCUUCUGUCCAUCGCUUUUACUGUAUACAUCUUCAUCUUUAAUCCCUCAAAGAACUUGAGUGCAGGCUACAACAACAGCACCAAUACCACUCUAAGGUUUUUCAUGAAAGAUCCAAUAUCGAUGACUAACUUAUACCUGGCUCUGUUUUAUGUAACUCUGAUCCUAUUUUCAAGACAGAUUGAGUAUUACUGUCGACUAGAUUGCUUGUGGAAGAAUAAAUUUAAAAAAGAACAUGAACAAUUUGAAACCAUGGAGAACGUAAACAGGCUCUUGCUGGAAAAUGUCCUUCCGGCACAUGUUGCUGCUCAUUUCAUCGGUGACAAAUUAAAUGAGGAUUGGUACCAUCAGUCUUAUGACUGUGUCUGUGUCAUGUUUGCAUCAGUACCUGAUUUUAAGGUGUUUUAUACCGAAUGUGAUGUCAAUAAAGAGGGACUGGAGUGCUUGCGGCUGCUGAAUGAAAUCAUUGCUGAUUUUGAUGAGCUGUUGUUAAAACCUAAAUUUAGUGGUGUUGAAAAAAUCAAAACCAUUGGAAGCACUUACAUGGCAGCAGCAGGCCUUAGUGUCGCACCAGGCCAAGAGAACAACCAGGACCAGGAGAGACAACAUGCUCAAAUUGGGAUCAUGGUGGAAUAUGGAAUUGCCUUGAUGAGUAAACUGGAUGGCAUCAACAGACACUCCUUUAACAAUUUCCGCCUACGUGUUGGGAUAAACCAUGGGCCUGUAAUAGCAGGUGUGAUUGGUGCUCGUAAACCCCAGUAUGAUAUCUGGGGAAACACUGUCAAUGUCGCCAGCAGGAUGGAGAGUACUGGUGAACUUGGAAAAAUCCAGGUUACUGAAGAGACAAGCAAAAUAUUACAGGAACUGGGAUAUUCAUGUGAAUGUAGGGGACUCAUUAAUGUCAAAGGAAAGGGAGAACUAAGGACUUACUUUGUGUGCACAGAUACAGCCAAAUCCCAAGGUAUUGGACUGAACUGAGUCUGUAACGAAGUUUGUCAAAAUGUAUUUUGAGCCACCACUUCCCUUCUGUGAAGUCUUAGAAUUUCCCUCCUUAUGUGAAGGAGAUUAUUCCAAAUGUAUGUGUACUAAUGGUUCCUCUGCAUCUCAAAGUAGGAGAGUGACUUUAAAAGAAGUCUGAAAGUGCCUAGAAGCAAUUGUUGGACUACCUGUUUCUGGAAUAAUUUGAGGAUUUUUCUGGGAAUUGUCUUGCAGCAUUUCCUAAUAUUUCCUUUCCUACAUGCAAUCUGGGAGAUUAAAGGCCUUAAUAGCACGUGCAGAUGCACUAUUGAACUAAUUUCCCAGUUAAAACAGAUAUUAGGAAAAACUUCCUGACUGUCGGGUGGCUAAGCACUGGAAUAAAUUGCCUAGGGAGGUUGUGGAAUCUCUGUCAUUGGAGGUUUUUAAGAACAGGUUAGACAAACACCUGUCAGGAAUGGUCUAGUUAUUACUUAGUCCUGCCUUGAGUGCAGGGGAUUAGACUUGAUGACCUCUUGAGAUCCCUUCCAAUCCUGUACUUAUGAUUCCACUGCCUCAUUCUUUGUUAGAUCUGCUAGCAGUGUGGCACUUGUCAGAGACCUUAAGAAAAAGUGACAGUACAUUUGGACGCUGCAUCUAUGCAUGAUCUUUAGUGCCAAGCUGUUUUCAAGACAAAAGACUGCUGUAUGCGGAGAGGCGGGGAA